AUGCAUCGUGGCUUUAUAAGGUCAUAUGGGUUGCUGCGACAACUGCGUCGUGUGCCGCGUGCAGUACCAUACGCUGCUGUUGCAAGUAGAAUUCCAACGUGUUCUGUUUCCCAGAAUGUCUGCAGGCAUUACGUUGGUGACGCUGCACAGUUAGCGAAGAAUGUGGAGAAAUUUGAAUUCCAAGCAGAAACGAAAAAUUUGUUAGAUAUAGUUGCGAAGUCACUGUAUUCGGAUCAAGAAGUUUUUAUCCGCGAGCUAGUUUCAAAUGCCAGUGACGCUUUGGAAAAGAGAAGAUGUGCUCAUUUAACGGAAGGUGGUGAUUCGAAUAUUGCUUAUGAAAUUAAGAUAACAACAGAUGAGAAAGCCCGUAUGAUAACUUUUGAAGACAAUGGAAUUGGCAUGGAUAGAGGCGACCUAAUGAAGUGUCUUGGCACAAUUGCUAAAUCAGGGUCGAAAGAAUUUGUUGAGGAACAGAAAAAGACCGAAGGAACUGGUGCAGCCAGUGCAGAAUCAAUUAUUGGACAGUUCGGUGUUGGAUUUUACUCUGCCUUUAUGGUAGCUGAUGAAGUGACUGUAUCAACAAAAAAGGAGGGGUCAGAUAUUGGUUACAUUUGGAGGUGGAAUGGCUCGGAUACUUAUUCUAUACAAGAAGACAGCUCGCUUCCAAUUGGUACUCGCGUUCAAGUUGCUCUGAAACCCGGUGAUGCAGCUGAGUUUGCUAAACAGCAAAGAGUUAUUGAUGUAAUUAAUAAGUACUCUUAUUUUAUCACAUUGCCAAUUACCGUAAAUGGAGAGCGCGUGAACACGUUAAACGCUAUUUGGACAAUGAAUCCAAAGGAGGUCACGCCAGAAAUGCACGAAACCUUCUUUCGACAGCUAGCAAAAACCCAUAUUCCUCAUCUAGCUGGUGACCGGCCUCAGUACACUAUUCAUUAUAAGGCCGAUGCACCAAUAAGCAUUCGUGCUCUUCUUUACGUGCCGUCGCACAACGUUUCUCACCUUGAGUUCGCUACUGACUCAACAGAAUCAGGAGUGUCACUUUAUGCACGAAGGGUCCUUAUCAAGGCAAAUGCGAAAGAACUGUUGCCUCGUUACAUGCGAUUCUUAGUGGGUGUUGUUGAUUCUGAAGAUGUUCCCCUCAAUCUUAGCAGAGAAAUGUUGCAAAUGGAUGCUGUGUUAAUGAAGUUAAGGCGUACUUUAACAGAUAAAAUAGUCUCAUUCUUUAUCUCGCAGAUGAAAAAAGAUCGAGUAAAAUAUUCUGACUUUUAUAAAGGAUAUUCUCUGUAUUUUAAAGAAGGGAUAUGCAUCGAGCACGACCAGAGCGUUAAGGAACAGAUAGCCUCGUUACUGAUGUUUGAGUCUUCUAAUCUAAAACCUGGUGUGAAAACAAGCUUAAAUGAGUACGUCGAGCGUAUGCAAGAAAAUCAGACUGAAAUUUUCUAUCUUUUUGCUCCGAACCGACAGUUGGCUGAAAACUCACCGUACUUUGAAAUGUUCAAGUCUCAAAAUCGUGAGGUUUUGUUUGCGUACGAUGCCGCUGAUGAGGUUGUUUUUCUUUCAUUGCCGCAGUACAAAAUGAAACAGUUAAAGUCUGUUGACCACUGGGCUCAGUCAUACGAGGGAAGCGAAGCGUCGACGUCAGCAACGUCGGUUAGAGAUGUGGACAAGAAAGAAUUACUUGAUUGGAUGAAGUCUACUUUGGGUAGUGUCAAAGUUCAUGAUAUCAAGGGUUCACAUAGGGUUAGCGAACAUCCCUGUGUGCUGAAUGUACGAGCGGAACCGGGGAUGGCUCGCCAUUUGCUGCGUAUAGGACAGGUUAAAGAAAUGGAACAUCUUGUCUUUCUACAGCCGACACUAAAUGUUAAUCUUUCACAUCCCAUAAUUUCUGCGCUUGUGUCGCUGCAUAAAACGAAACCUGAUUUGGCUCAACUAGUUUUGGAACAGAUAUAUGACAAUGCAUUAGUUACUUGUGGUUUACUGAAGGAUCCAAGCAAUAUGAUUGAACGGGUUAACCGGCUGCUAAGUGAUCUUCUCAAACCAGAAGGGAGGACAACUAUUCUGACGCCAUAA